AUGGCACUGGCCUUCGCCUCCGCAUUUGCCUCUUUUGACGCUAAAGAUUCUUUAUCUCGUCAUUUGCCGCAUCAACACCCCAAGAUUAUCGUCCAGUCCGCACCGCUCACACUUCCACACGAUAUCAUCAAACUUCUAACCCUUCACGCUGCGGUGCCAGUCCACCUCCUUGCACAUGUCCCCCGCGCUCUGCAUACCUGCUAUGAACAAGGCGAGGCCCAGAACUAUGGGCGAGAGGGCGGAGGACCCCAACAUCCCCGGCAGGGCGAAACAACGUCCCCGAACAAUCACCUUGCCUUGCUUCGAUACCACGUUCUCACUUUGUGCAACGCCCUUGAUUCCUUGACCGACGACAGAGUUUCUACGGCGGAAAUCUGCUGGGCUGCCGACGCCGCCAUCGACGAUCUGCGGCAAGCCUGGGACGGCGCGGUAGCACAUAUGCUUGAAGGGUGGCCCCGCGCAGCAAUCCUCUGCUUCAACCGUAUCGUAAUUACUUCUCGGAGCUUUGCAAAUUCCUCUUCCGCCGGAGAAUCUGCUCGGCUCGGCAACAAAAGCCAAGCUAGGUACCACAACAAGACUACAUCGGCCUUCUUGGAUAGGCUGGCGCGGUACGUGGCCCCCGCACCAGAUCCUUCAAUCAUGACCGACUCCACAUAUACCGGCCGUGCUGAUAUUCACGACCUUGUUGCUGGGCUGCGUCUGGUUCUUCUCCGCGUUUCCGCUAUUCUAGCUGUUGCCGACGACGUAGGGAUUUAUACCGGGCGCAACACUCGCAGUACUUCAACUGAGGAUGUAUUCAAAUCCACGGUACCAAUCUCGAAGAAGACUUUGUCCUGGCAUCUCUGGUCGUUCUUGUUCAGGUGGCGCACCGAGGCAAAGGAAGGUCGUAGUUCACCAGCCAACGCUGGAGAGCGUGAGACUCAGAUGGUUGUCCGGAUACUAUCCGAGCUUCAGUGCCUACAGUCCCCUCUGAACAAUGCCAAGCUUUCCGUCGACCAUGUUGUAGCUCAACUUGAGCUCGUGGGUAACUUAACAGUGGCGCUUGCGUCUGCACCAUGGCAGCCAGAGGAGGCAUCGGCCCCCGGCGAUAGCGUCAGCGAUGAAGGGGAUGACACGAAUCCCGCUUCAUCCCGAGGCCGGUUUGACUGGUUGAAAAAUCACAUAGCUUUGAAAGGCAAGAAGAAGAAGGGGAAUAAUGAUGAUGAUGAUGAAACAGAGUGGUGGAGGGGCAGCCCCUGGGUACGGGAGCAACAUCUCAUUGGAAACGGUGGACUCGGUGGUCUAGAGCGUUUGGCUGUUGGGAGAAUUAUGUACUUCCUCUCCGAUCUGGGAGAUAUGGCGAGGGAUAUUGAAGCAGAGCUACGUCGGUACGGCAACGACACAAAGGAGCUUCAAAAUAGCUCCAGCACCAUGGGCAGCAUCAUCGAGGUGUCAUAUCUCAAUAGCUUCGGCAACAAACAGCGACAACCAGGCAUCGCCAACGAGAAGAAUGAUAACGGAUUGUUCCAGAGAGAGAUAUUUUCUCCGUCUCUUAUCCAGGCUUAUGUCGCUCUGCUUGCCGUUCUCAGCGCGGGAGCCAUUGGCGUACCAUUGAGCUCGUCGUUUUCUGAGUCUCGCAUCCAAUCAAUCGCCCAACUAGGAGGAAUCACGCAUCUGAUUGACCUCACGGACCCUUCGAAGCAGAUCAGCUUGCCUGAUGUUACCCGACUCACACUUGAUUUAUGCGGACGUCUCGACUGUCAAUUGAAAAUUUCUGGCCAACAAUUCGAGCCGCGGGAGGUGAAGAACAAGCUUCUAUCGGCUCUGGGGAAUUUCAAGGAGCUGGCCGUGACGGUCGCCACCUUGAAAGGGAAUGCCAGCAGGCCUGCUCUCGUGGUGCUCGUCGUCCUCGACCAAUCGUCUGUUAUGGGAAAGGCUUCUCUAACCCUGUCGGAGUCUUCAUUUGAAAAACAGAGAACAUUGGCCGAAUUGAUCGACUUACGACCUACUGCAGAGAGUCAGCUGCAGGAAUAUGACGUUGCAGUGGCGGGGGACUCGGUGCUCCUCGAAAGGUUCUAA